AUGUCUGAACAAUUUGCGGCAUUUGAGUGUCAGUCUGGAGCGAUAAACCUCAAUAAAACGGUUCCGGACUCCAUCACUACAUGGCAGGCUGGCGCAGUUUGUACAUCACCUGUCGGGUUCGGAGUCGCUAGGAAAACCGAGCUUGCUGCCUUCCAGCCUAUCCUUGUGAGGCUCACCAUGCCAUGCUCCAUCAUCCGAGGAGAAGUGUUCACGCUCAAAGCCACCGUCUUCAACAACCUCCACAGUAGUAUAGUGGUGAAGGUGACUCUGGCCGACUCAAAACAGUUUUCAGCACAAGUGUGUAAACACUGCAGUUACACACAAUGUCUGCGUGCUGAAGAAAGCGGAACCUUCUAUUGGACCGUCACACCACUGGUUCUGGGGGAGGUGAGCAUCAAGGUAACAGCGGAAGCGGUGCAGUCAUCGAUGUGUGGGAAGAGAAGAGUUACUGUUCCACAGAAAGGACGCAUCAGUUCAGUCAUUAAAAAACUGCCCGUGCUGGCUGAAGGAACCAAACUGUGUAAAAGCUACAAUGAACUUCUCUGCCCAUCAGAUGUAGUUAAGAAGACGGUCUCACUAACCCUGCCUAAGAAAGUCGUGGAUGGUUCGGCCAAGGCCUCUGUUUCUGUGCUGGGAGAUCUGAUGGGCCGAGCUCUACAGAACCUGGCGAGUCUCCUGGAGAAACCGUACGGCUGUGGAGAGCAGAACAUGCUGCGCUUCACACCCAACAUCUUCAUCCUGCAGUACCUGAAGAGCACCAACCAGCUCACACCCCAGAUCAAGAGCACAGCCCUGACCUACCUCGUGAGCGGAUAUCAGAGAGAACUGACCUACAAACAUCAUGAUGGAUCUUACAGUGCUUUUGGGAUGAGUGAUGCAUCAGGUAACACAUGGUUGACGGCGUUCGUUAUGAAGUCUUUCGGAAGUGCGAAGCAAUACAUCUUUAUAGAUCCAAUGUUUGUGAAUCAGGCGAAGGCCUGGCUCGGACAACGGCAGCAGCGUAACGGAUGCUAUGCCUCAGUAGGACAACUCAUCCACACUGAUAUGAAGGGAGGGGUGAAUGAUGAGGUGACCCUCUCAGCGUACAUCACAGCUGCAAUGCUGGAACUCAAUUACACAAUUACAGAUCCUGUGGUGAAAAACAGUCUUACGUGCCUGAGGAAUGCGUACACUCGGGUGCGCUCAACCUACGCCAAAGCUCUUCUUUUCUACACUUUCACUCUAGCUGGAGAUCAGAGGAUGAGGAACAAACUCAUCUCACAGCUGGAUGCAAAGGCCAUAGUCUCAGGAGGCGGGAGGCACUGGAGCAGAGUGGAUAGUGGGUCAGUGACGGACUCUUUGGAGGUGGAGAUUACCUCGUAUGUGCUUCUGGCUCUGAUGUCUGGACCCAAGCUGUCUGGGUUUGGUCUGGGUUACAGCGCCAGCAUCGUCCGUUGGCUUUCUCAGCAGCAGAACGCUUUUGGGGGCUUCACUUCUACACAGGACACUGUCGUGGCUCUCCAGGCUCUGGCGAAAUACAGUAUCAUCACCUACCGUCCAGCAGGAGCUGUUACUGUUACUAUAACAUCACCAUCAGGGGUGAUUAACAAGUUUACCAUCAAUCAGAGUAACAGGCUGCUGUAUCAGGAGAGAAAGCUGCAGCGGGUUCCUGGAGAUUACAAAAUCAAAGCAAAAGGGAAAGGUUGUGUGUAUGUGCAGUUCAAUUUGCACUACAACAUCCCUCCUCCUCCUGACCGCUCUUCAUUCAUCAUCUCGGCCUCAGCGUCUGGAAACUGCAGGAUCCCAAAUCCAUCUCUGAAAGUGAACAUUACUGUCAAGUAUAACGGUCGACGCUUGAGGACCAACAUGGUGGUCAUCGAAGUCAAGCCUCUUUCUGGAUUCAGUGCGGACGAGACGUCUGUGCAGCUUGUGAACAGCAAUUCAAAUUCGAAGAAUGGAGUUGUGAAACGCGUGGAUCAAAUUGAACGCAACACAGUUAUCUACCUGAAUAGAGUAAGAACAAACACACACACACACACACACACACACACACACACACACACACACACACACUUUACUAAAACACUGGAUUUGUCUAAGACCUCCCUAAGGGUUCUAAAGUUUAGAAUUAAGACUGUAAGAGGGUGUGUGUGUUAUUCCUCAACAUCAACAUCAACAAUACAUGUCCCUGUUAUCAUUUACAUUAUAGCAUCUACAGUAUAAA